UGUUCCAAGCUACCACGGUGAUACCACGCUAUUUUACUUUGUGAAGUUGUGAAAUUAUUGUGACACAUUGCGAGAGGAUUGGCCUGUGAUUAAAUUAAGUGCUGAUAACAGUGAAUGUAAAGGUUUUACCAAUUGUGUGAAGUUCAAGUGACAAUUCGGAGCUACGGUUUCCAGUUUCCCAAAAUUAGUGAGGAAUUGAAAAGUAUCAACAAAACAAGCAAAAUGUACGAGCAAUCCGUAGUUUCUGUAAAAACGGAGUCCUUCAGCGGAGUGGCCGCUAAAAGCACUGUGGGUCAGUGUAUCAGGACUGUCCUGAGGCGGGCUUGUGUGGAGAAGAGGUUGACAAUCGGUCUUCUGCCGGCCAUACAGCGCCUAUCAAAGAACACAAACGGAGCUCUGUUCUGUUUAACUGCAGCGGCGCCACCUGGCGACAGUGCUACACACAUGCAAGAAGUUUUAUUACAAGCUUUCUGCGAUGAGAACGACAUCUAUGUCAUAAAGGUCGAUUCUGAGACUAAAUUGAAAAGAAUCCUCGGCUUCUGCGUGACACCUAUGGACUUCAGUUGCAUCCUCGUCCACUACCCUUACGCAGACCCAUUUAGUGAUAGCCAGGAGAUUGAUCUUUCCAGCCUAACAGAUUCCGAAAAAGACCUCAUCGAACACUGCGAGAACAACUGGGGAUCACAGACGCCAGUUAUCAAGCUACCAGAAAAGUGAAACUGUAUAUGCAAUGAAAAUUAUUGAGAAUCGUUGAUUUAUUUUCUCGAUGUAAUUCGGUCAUUGCGUUGCUUCGGCGGUCAGCGCCAUCUAGUGUAAUCGUCCAGUGGACUUAGCAAUAUGUUGUACAAAACUUGUUUUUAUAAUUGCAAUAAACACUAGAUUAUUAAGAUGAGACGUAAUGUGUGGAGUUCGUUCGUACGAUGAUAAAAUGUAGUUUAAGCCUGGAGUUUGCCAUUAAAUGGCUUGUAUUUUUGUACUUAAAUAUGGUUAUUGUAUAAGAGACAAAAAGAUGAAGAAAGAAAAUAAAAACAGUUUUAUACGUA